CACUCUUGUGUUUUAGCAUCAAACUCAAAGUUUCUAACAUGGCUUCCUUAAGCUUCAUAGUCUUGCUUCUUCUUGCUCUUAUCAUUCCUGAGGGGUUUGCCAACUAUGAGAAACCGCCUGUCUACAAUCCACCAAUUGAGAAACCUCCGGUUUACAAACCACCAGUGUACAAGCCUCCUAUAGAAAAACCUCCUAUUUACAAGCCACCUGUUUACAAACCACCAGUUGAGCAUCCUCCAAUAUAUAAGCCCCCCGUGUACAAGCCACCUGUUGAAAAACCACCCGUGUACAAACCUCCAGUUGAAAAACCUCCAGUCUAUAAGCCACCUGUAGAGAAACCACCCGUGUACAAGCCACCUGUCUACAAACCUCCAGUUUAUAAGCCACCCGUUGAGAAACCACCUGUCUACAAGCCACCUGUCUACAAACCACCAGUUAAGAAGCCUCCGGUUUACAAACCCCCAGUUGAAAAGCCUCCAGUGUAUAAACCACCUGUAGAGAAACCACCAGUAUACAAGCCACCCGUCGAGAAGCCUCCAGUUUACAAACCCCCAGUUGAAAAGCCUCCAGUGUAUAAGCCACCUGUUGAAAAGCCCCCGGUUUACAAGCCACCUGUCUACAAACCUCCAGUUUAUAAGCCACCUGUAGAGAAACCACCAGUCUACAAACCUCCAGUAGAGAAACCCCCUGUUUACAAACCACCAGUGGAGAAACCUCCAACCUACAAGCCACCUGUUGAGAAGCCUCCUGUAUACAAACCUCCCGUUUAUAAGCCACCAGUUGAGAAGCCACCGAUUUACACGCCUCCAUACUAGAAGCGGCCUCACAAUCCAAAUACCCUUCGCCAGAUGAUGGUACUCGUGUCUAGAAAAUGGUAUUAAGAAAGAGAAAUAUAUAAAGUCUACAAAGCAAGGAAUAUAUAUAUAUAUAUAU